ACACCGUCUCAUUGAUUCACUUCUACACUGACAACCAUGAAUGAUAAUGCGUUCCUCUUAAACCUCAUUCGAGUUCUUCAAAGGACCGUCUAAAUCCAUGAGCGAAACCUGAGAGGAACAGAGAGACACAGGAGAAUCUUAAAUUUAAAACCAUGGCUUCCAUAUCUAAACCACCACCAAUCUUCAACCUCAACGCAUAUUCUCUCUCCUCCCCCCGCCAAUGUCUUCCCACUUUAUCCUUCCCUUUUUGCAUUACGGCACCGUCUCGUCUGUGUGCGCUUAAGACUGGUUCCAAUGGUAGUAAUAGUAGUGGUAGAGUCGAGGGGCCAGAAGCAUAUGACCAGGAUUUGCUCAGAAAGCCGGUCGUCUCGCCAGGGAAGGACUUGGCCGACAUUAUGGAGGAACAGGAGGAGAGUGAGCGGAAGGGUAAUUACGAAGAUGUAGAGCAAGACAAAUGGGUGGAUUGGGAGGACAAGAUUUUGGAAGACACCGUGCCUCUUGUUGGCUUUGUUAGGAUGAUUCUUCACUCUGGCAAAUAUGAAUCUGGAGAUCGUUUAAGUCCUGAGCAUGAGAGAACUAUUCUUGAAAGGUUGCUUCCCUUUCACCCAGCGUUUGAAAAGAAGAUAGGAUGUGGAAUUGAUUAUAUCACGGUUGGUUAUCAUCCUGAGUUUGAAAGAUCGCGUUGCUUGUUCAUUGUUCAAAAGGAUGGAAAGUUAGUUGACUUUUCAUAUUGGAAAUGCAUAAAGGGCCUGAUCAGAAAAAAUUAUCCUUUAUACGCUGACAGCUUUAUUCUCAGACAUUUCCGACGGCGUAGGCGAAGUAGAUAUUGAACUUUUUAAGCCCUGUAUUGAAGAGAAUGUAAUCUUCAAUUUUUUCUUUUCUUUCAUGUAAUAUGUGAUUUUAUAAGAGGUCAAGAGUAACAUGUUGGAAACUGGAAAUAGAUAUUUGAAAUUCUUUCUGGAUUGUAGCCAAGCAACAUAAGAUUAAAGAAAUUUAGUACGAGUGCCGCUUAAUGUUA